AUGAGAAAUCUAAAAUUAUUUCAGAGCUUGGAGUUCAGGGAUAUUCAGGAUCCAGGGAAACCUCAGUGCUUCUCUCUAACUGAACAAGGCACAGUGCUACAUGUCUCAGAACACGGACUGAUAGAAGUAGACCCUGUCACAAGAGAGGUGAAAAAUGACACUCCUUUGUUGGCAGAAGGCUUUCUCCCAGAGGAUGGAAGCGGCUGCAUUGUUGGUAUUCAGGAGUUGCUGGAUCACAAGUCUGUGUGUGUGGCCACAGCCUCUGGAGAUGUCCUACCUUGCAGUCUCAACACACAGCAGGUAACUGGAUGGGUCGGGAGUGUAGCCAGUUGUAUCUCUGUCAUGAGUUGGAGUCCUGACCAAGAACUGGUGCUUCUUGUCACAGGUCAACAGACCCUAAUUAUGAUGACAAAAGAGUUGGAACCAGUCAUGGAACAGCAAAUCCACCAGGAUGAUUUUGGUGAAAGUAAAUAUAGCUUUCUUAAUGAAGAGGCUGAGCAGAAAGCGUCAUUUGAAAAAGAAAAGGGUGUCCUCAUCCCUCUCCAGCAAGUGGUACAAAGUCUGGUCCUCUGGCCCCUGCCUCUGACGGCCUUCAUUUCAUUUUCCCCUGCAGUUCAUCUCUGGACUGUUGGAAAGUAUCACUGGUAUCUCAAGCAAAGCCUGCCCUUCGGCACCUGUGGGAAGAGCAAAAUUGUGUCCCUGAUGUGUGGCCCGGUGACCCCAUACCGGCUGCAUGUUCUCUGUCAAGGCUGGCAUUACCUCUGCUAUGACUGGCACUGAACGACUGACCAGAGCUCAGGAGAUAAUUUAAGUGACAUGGCAAAUGUGGCUGUUGUUGAUGGAAACAGGGUAUUCGUGACAGUCUUCCGGCAGAGUGUGGUUCCACCACCCAUGUGCACCUACCGACUGCUGCUCCCACACCCUGUAAAUCAAAUCAUAUUCUCCACACACCCUAAGAAGAGUAACGACCUCACUCUCCUAAAUGCCAGUAACCAGAUUUUUGUUUAUAAAUGUGGUGAUAGUCCCAUCGUAGACUCUAUGGUGAAACUGGGAGCUGUGGGUGGAAAUGGAUUUAACAUUUCUCUUAGAACACCUCAUCUGGACAAGAGAUUCAUAAUUCAGUUUGAGAACAGUGAAGAUGAAGAAGUAAAUGCACUGAAGCUCAGCAUUCUCACCUGGGUUCAGGAAGACGUUUUCCUGGCUGUGAGCCACAGUCAGUCCAGCCCACAGUCUGUCAUUCACCAUCUGACUGUGGCCCCUUCUGAGAUGGAAUAACGAGCAGGGACAGCUCAAUAUUAGGCAUUCCAACAAUUCCCUGUAUUCCAUGUGUUAAUAUGCAGAUAGAGUUAGUCUUCUGUCUUUUAUGAGCCUAGGACAUUAUUUUUUAAUUCCACUUAGCAGGGUUGAGGGGCAGUGGCUUCCUUUUUAGACAUACUUAGCAAGAGGGUUAAGUCUAGUUUUUAGUCAUGUCAAAAUAUAGACUAAAAUGCAUCAAGAAUUGG